UGUGUGUGUGUAAAUCAGUUGUGUAUGAAAACACUCUUUACUAGUUUAGUGGAAAUAUUAAAAAAACCCACAACCGUCUAAAUAAUAUUCAAAAUUCACAAAUUAAGAUAUUAAAAAACACUAUAUGACUAUGAGAGUUCACCCUUAGGUAUACAUUCUUAAAACAGGCAGAUUAAUUUCAUCUGCUCAACAAUUCUAAUUAUUUACUAUGUGGCUAAGGAAGAAGAAACGAGUCAUCCAAUUCUUAAGAGAUUUAAAGUUUAAAGUUACUUUUGAGGUUAUCCAAUACAACAUUUAAUUUUCAAUUCAAUAAAGAUUUAUUAAACUUUUACUACAGAUCAUGGCCAACGUUAAGCCCAUUUCUAGAAGUUAAGUUAUCCCAAAAGCAAACUGGUGGCUGAACCGGGCUUUCGAAUCGAGGUGUUAUGAAUCCAAAUCCAAAAUACAGCUUUUGCCCUCAAAGAACUUAUAUAGGACAACGUGGCACAGGCAUUAAAUAUGAAAUAAUGCACGAUAUGGACAGCCCACAUGCGAUGCAAAGGUCUACGGGUUAUCUGAGCACUUUGCCCAAGUUCUUGAAUAACUUCCCAAGAGCCGCGGGAUUCGGGGGCUUCCUGGGAAAAGCGGCGUUCGUAAUGAACUUUUAAGGUGUGGGGGUUCACUAAUUGAAAGUUAGAACCAACGGUGAACGCCUCCCCCUCCAGUAUCAGUGGAAGGGGGCAGAAAGUCUCGUGCGAGGGCUCGAGUGAAGCGGGUGGGGAGGAGGGCAGAAGAAAAGGCUUUCCCCGAAGUCAGCAAAGACCAGAAACUUUGUAAGACCUCCUAAGUGAAAGGAAAGAAAUUAAGUCCGGACCUGACCAAAGGCAUCAGGACAACUUCAGCUCUCUUCUGGGAAGGCGAGUCCCAACGAGUUCCUGAACUCGGCCUAACCCCGGAACCGAAGCGGUCACUGCUCUCCGAGAAUGAACUCCAGAGUAAACUCCGUGGUAUAUGCGCAAAACGAACCGGCGCUACCAAUUGUAUGGAGAGUGGGGAGCGAGACGGUUCUGCAGUCCAGAAUAUACCAAAGCACGAAGCAAUAGAGAAGCGGGGGGAUAGCGGAAGGGCUUUUUCUACUAUUAAGAAGGAUGGGGCAAAUUGUAUUAGAAGAGUCUAGCACAGGACCUAGGUGGGGGAAUUACUCCAAAUCAUAUCCAGUCUUACCCUUUCUUUACCCAGACUUGUCCUUUUACUUUCCAGCCCCUCCCUCGGUGACUUUAUCAAUGAAGGUCCCGCCUCCUCUCAACUCUUUCCCACACCUUCUCCCCCGGCUCGAUUCAUUUCCACUUAAGUAAGACCCCGGAACCGUAGUGCAACACUUUCCUCAGCAGGAAGAAGGGCGGGCCGACAGAGCAUGUGCACUCGGGAGCAGGCGCAUGCGCAAUGACCAGCCGCCGGCGUCUCGUGUUUCCUUUCGCGGGUAGCUGAGUCCUGUGGUAUUUUGGACCCCGCUGUGUUUGCGCCUGCGCUGAAGGCUCCUUAUUCUCCACCUCCACACCCCCUCCCUUCCCCCACGCGGCAGGCGCCCCUCCCCCAUUCAUUCCCUGUCUCCCCCCCCUCCCCCCGCCCUCUCUCUAGACCUUCCCCCUGGCGGGGGUUCGGGAGCGGGACCAUGUUCACCAGCACCGGAUCGAGUGGGCUCUAUAAGGCACCUUUGUCGAAGAGCCUUUUACUAGUACCGAGCGCCCUUUCGAUUUUACUGGCACUGCUUUUUCAACAUUAUCAGAAUUUCUUUGUAUAUAACCUACAAGCUGUAAAGAAUGACUUGCAGAUAUGGAGAUUGAUUUGUGGAAGAAUAAUUUGCCUUGAUUUGAAAGAUACAUUUUGUAGUAGCCUACUCAUAUAUAACUUUAGAAUAUUUGAAAGAAGAUAUGGCAGCAGAAAAUUUGCAUCUUUUUUAUUGGGUUCCUGGAUUUUGUCAGCUUUGUUUGACUUGAUCCUUGUGGAAGCUAUUCAGUAUUCAUUUGGUAUCACAGCCAGUAACUUGCCUUCUGGUUUUCUUGGGCCUGUAUUUGCUCUAUUUGUACCAUUUUACUGCUCCAUUCCAAGAGUUCAAGUGACACAAUUUCUGGGCCAGUUUUCCAUCACAAACAAGACAUUGAUUUAUAUAUUGGGUUUACAGCUUUUAACUUCUGGUACCUACAUUUGGGUUGUAGCCACAAGUGGUCUGAUUGCUGGUAUGUGUUAUACCAAUAGUGUGUUAAAAGUUCAUCAGGUUCUUUGCAUACCUCUCUGGAUGGCAAAGUUAUUUUCCUGGACACUUGAACCCAUCUUCUCUUCUUCGGAACCAACCAAUGAAGUCAGAAUUGGAAUGGGAGCAACAGUAGACAUUCAGAGGCAGCAAAGAAUGGAACUGCUUGAUCGUCAGCUGAUGUUAUCUCAGUUUGCACACAUGAGGCGACAACAACAGCAGCAGGGUAGGAGGAUUAAUUGGAAUCGAUUUUUUCCUCAUAUACGGCAGAGACGGAAUGCAAAUGUUCGAGCUUUUCGACUCUCUGAACAAGAAGUAGCAGCACCUCCUCUUGAGGUUUCUGAAGAGCAGGUUGCCCGACUCAUGGAGAUGGGAUUUUCCAGAGUGGAUGCUUUGGAGGCCCUGAGAGCUUCAAAUAAUGACCUUAAUGUAGCUACCAACUUCCUACUGCAGCAUUGAUGAGCCGAGGAAUUUCACUGACGUGGCUCUUGCCAUCUGAGGCACAGGCAACAUCCAUCUGCCUCCUGGAUGACAUUGAAAAGCCUUUACCAAAUGAAUCUAAGGCAGCAAAGCUGUGUCUACAAAAACUAAGUUAUAAUGUUGGGUAGAGGGGUAGGUACUCCCUGUUGCUCCAAUACCCUUAAACCCCAAGGUUGUCAUGGUUAUAUCCAAAAGUAAUUCUGCCACUGAAUUAGCUGGCAUGUUCUUUAUCUUCAUUCUGAAAAAAAAAAUGGGUCUUUUUCUUAAUUUUGGGAAUC